AUGGAAGAAUAUCGGAAAGAACCAGGCUCCUCAACAACUAACAAUGAUGAUAGCAAUCAACCACCUGCUGCUGACAAUGAAAUCCGUGUAUCAAAUUCUUCAUCAAUUAAGAGCAAGGUCGGUAUGGGAUUGGACAAAUUGAAGACUUACCCUAAUAUUGUUGUGGUGGGAAAAGGAAAUACGAUCAAUAAGGCUAUUACCAUUGUAGAGAUCAUCAAACGACGUAUGGACGGAACUCUUCAUCAAUACAAUCAAAUCGGAACUGUGACUUCUACAGAACAAUGGGCUCCCAUCAAAGACAAUGAACUAGAUAGUAUUACCGUGAAAAAAAUGUUACCUAUUACAAUCAUCUAUUUAUCUUCUACUCCCAUGCCAGAAUUGGAAUCUACUGCCACUUAUCAAGCUCCCCACAAAUAUGACUAG